GGAGGGGGCUGGGGGUUGGGGAUAGGGUGGAACAGGUGUGCCCCUAAUAGUGCACAAAAAAAUAGAGCGCAAGCUGCAGCCUACGUCUGGCGGUAACCCAAGAGUAAAGUCAGAAACAGGUAAGAAUGACCACUUUAACUCACCGGGCCCGUCGCACUGAAGUAGGCAAGAACUCUGAAAAGAAGGUGGAAAGUGAGAAAGACGCUAAGCAAGACAGGCAUCCAGACAAUGAAGACUCUGGAGACUCUAAGGAUGUCCGCCUCACACUUAUGGAAGAAGUAUUGCUCCUGGGACUAAAAGAUAAAGAGGGUUACACAUCUUUCUGGAAUGACUGUAUAUCAUCUGGCCUGCGAGGGGGCAUCCUGAUAGAGCUGGCCAUGCGGGGUCGAAUUUAUCUAGAACCCCCCACCAUGCGUAAGAAGCAACUACUAGACAGAAAGGUGCUGCUCAAGUCAGACGGCCCGACAGGUGACGCUUUGCUGGAUGAAACUCUCAGACACAUCAAAGCAACUGAACCCACAGAAACUGUCCAGACGUGGAUAGAACUACUCACUGGUGAGACCUGGAACCCCUUCAAAUUACAGUACCAGCUGAGAAAUGUAAGAGAGCGAAUUGCAAAGAACCUAGUAGAGAAGGGUAUUCUAACCACUGAGAAGCAGAAUUUCCUCCUAUUUGACAUGACUACGCAUCCAGUGACCAAUACAACAGAAAAACAGCGACUAGUGAAAAAACUUCAAGAUAGUGUCCUAGAGAGGUGGGUAAAUGACCCUCAGCGUAUGGACAAGCGAAUAUUAGCACUCCUGGUGUUAGCGCACUCCUCAGAUGUGCUGGAGAAUGUCUUCUCCUCUCUGACAGAUGAUAAGUAUGAUAUGGCAAUGAAUCGAGCCAAGGACCUCAUAGAACUGGACCCUGAAGUAGAGGGGACAAAGCACAUUGCCACAGAGAUGAUCUGGGCUGUGCUGGCAGCCUUCAAUAAAUCCUAAAGUCAGCAAGUGGGUUCCUCCUUGUUCCCUUGCUGGCUUGAUGACUGUGAAAGAUACCAUCACUGAGAUUUUUGUGAUGAGAGAUUUUUUUCCUUCUUUAUGUUUUUUCCUUCUCUUGAAUGAGACUUGUGAUCUGGGGAGAGCAACUUCAGGGCUUCUCCAUAGACUUUGACCAUAAUAAGCAGACUUUGUUUCUCCCUAUACUUACACUCCAGAGGUGAAUAAACUUCUCCAUAGACUUUGACCAUAAUAAGCAGACUUUGUUUCUCCCUAUACUUACACUCCAGAGGUGAAUAAACUGGGUGAACUCACACACACCCUAUAAACACUUUCUCUCAUUUCUUGGUUUACUUCCAUCCCAUGUGCUUAUGGAUAAUUAGGAAUAGUUAAGUGGAAUUUGGAGUUCUCCAGCUAUUGGAUAUGAAUGAGAUACACAACAAAACAUUUAUUACUUUCUUUAUAGUUUGUUUUUUCUAUCUUAAGUACAUGUUUUCACAAUCUUUGUCAGGCUCUGCUCAGUAGUGUAGCUUAUUGAAAUAACUGUCUCUUUGAAAAAAGGAGCAAGAGAAACAAAAUUAAUUUUUUGAGCAGAUGGUCUCUGGAAUUUUAUGUCCUGCUAAUGAUUUUCUCAUCUUUCCUUUUCUAACCUAAUAAAAAUAUUCCAGAUAUAAUCAACCUGGUUCUUAGACUCCUAGAACCAGAAACGUAUUCUAUAGUUUCUCUCAGCAUUAUCCUGUUCCUUCAUUCAUUAGGACAAAAGUCUAAGUUUUAAAAAAAAUCUCUCUCAACUACAUCCUUCUCACAAUCAGCAUGGCAAUUUAUAAAGGGAAAGAAGUGGCAUGAGAAUUUCCACCCCUUAGCGCAUAACUGUCUGGUUCCUCCAAAUUGUAUGUCUCUGCUGUGAUUGAAUUGAGGGAGUUAGAGAUUUCAAUUGCUGAAUAGCAGCUGAGUCCAGACAGUGUAUGUAAAUUCCAGAUCUUCUUGUUCCCUGUUUUUGGCUUCCUAUAUAAAAUUGGUACAUUCUAUGUUUAAGGGUUCUAGAAGUAGUUUUGUCCAUAUUGAAACCACAGAUACUCUCCUAUCAUUGGUCUUGUUUCAACACAACUAUCUCUUUCUAGCCGAAUCUCUAAAAUGUUUUUCAGUUCAGUAGUAAGUGUAAAAAGAAGCUUGUUAAGAAAAAUCCUAUUUAGAGGGGCAAUUUAGUGUCAAAAGCAUGAUGAUACAAAGUCCAGUAUUUGGAAAUAUAAAAAGGACAGGCACCAAGUUGUGCUAAUUUCAAGCAUUUUUUAUGCUGAUAUUUUUAAUGGAUCUUGCCUCUGGACCAUUACAGAGAAAGAGGCUGUCAGAAGUUUAAUAAAGAUGACCCAGCCCUGAUAUCAAAUAUUCCUGAUCAGAAGUAAUUAAAUGAGUGAUUAAUAACUUUCACCUCUUCCCCCAAACCUUAGGUCUAGCCCUACAAAAUUCCCCUACUCUUUUUUUUUUUUCAUUAUUGAUUACAGGUAUCACUGAGGUGACAAGAAAUAUAAAUUUUAACAUGAAAUAAGUUCUGAAUGUGAGACUCAGUAGAACUUCAGUCUGGCUUUCUAAAAGUACAAAAACCAGUCCAUGUGUUGUCUCUAUGUGAAUUAAUUUUCCUUUCCAGUUGAACAAUUCAGCAUGAAUUUAAACCAGGUUUUCCUGUUGGAAGUUGCAGCUAGGUUGGGGGUUUGGUUGAGUUCUUUCUUGCAAUUAUUGGUCAGUGUUUAUUUUUAUAUUAUAUCUCAAUAAAAUGAGGAUGUCUUCAGUUUGGGUCCACAUCAUGUUCACCAUAAAAUACUUUCUUAUUUAAUGCAUACGGCCUUUACAUUUCUAUAUACUAAAGAUCAAUUGUUGGCUCUCUGGUCUCUUUGUGAAGUUUUACAACUUCAGCUAUGUAUUUUAACUGGAAAUAAUAACUUUUUUUCCAUACAAGGCCAGUAACAGUACCCGUUUUCACUAGGAUACCAGCCUCAGUUUCAUCCUGUAUAGAAAAUUAGGGAUACACAAAUAUAACUGUAACAUAUAAAGGCUGUGGGGCAGGGCACAUCAAGGCUACUCUGAACAUCAGCUAAUAUUAUAAAGUCUGAAUAGCCUCUCCAUCUCAAUCAAAAUAAGUUACCCAAUUUUGCCAUUAUUACCAUGAAGAGAGUAAGUAUGACCUGUCCUAUUAAUAUCUACUUGCAGGUGAAACCUAAAUUUAUCUCAGAGCUGAAAGUCUUAAGUUCCAAACAUAGGUAACAUAACUGACUCUAAGAGAGUUAAUAACAUGUGAAAAGAUCAUUGUGCUUGUGAUUAGCUUAAUCGUCCCUUCUUUAUAAUGUCUACAACACAAGGGUCAAUAAGAAAGGUGGUUACUAGGAUUGUUCAUACUUCCCUAUUAUUUUUCUUUCAGACAAAGCAUUGUUCCCAUAAGUCAUGCUUUAUACAAUCUUUCUCAAAAUGUGGUCGAAAGACUACUGUACCAAAAUAACCUGAGGAGGAGAGGUACCUUGCUAAAAUAUAGGUUCCUAGUAAAUCAGUCUCUGGGGUUGGGGGCUUAGGAAGCUGCAUUUUAAAAGCAGUCUCCACUGUUUCAUAGAUUAGGUAACAAACAUGAUCUUCCACAUAAUAUUCAGACUGCUGGCUACUACUUUGUAAACAUUUUUUUUCCCACUUGCUGUGGAUUAAAGGAAAUAACUUGUA